AAACUGGGGGUAGCGUUCAUGGAAGAUAGACUUCAGAUGGACAAUGGGCUGGUACCCCAAAAAAUCAUUUCAGUGCACUUGCAGGACUCCACUCUAAAGGAACUUAAGGAUCAGGCCUCAAACAAGCAAGCCCAGAUCAUACAGCCAAACCCUGAAUCUUCUAUGGAGAUUACGCCUGAGCAGGACACGAUGGCACAUGUUGCUAAAGAUGACCCAAAGAUUCUUGGUGAAGAACAGCCCAAACAGGGGCAAGGCAAUGCCUCUGGGAGAGAGCUUUCUGGGGAGAGUGACAGAGGAGCAGGCUCCGUUGAGCAUUAUCACCUACAUCUGUCUAGCUGCCAUGAGUGUUUGGAACUUGAGAAUAGCACCAUUGAGUCAGUCAGGUUUGCAUCUGCAGAGAACAUUCCAGAUCUUCCUUAUGAUUAUAGCAGCAGUUUAGAGAGUAUUGCUGAUGAGACCUGCCCUGAGAAAGAAGGGAGGAGAGUCAAUAUCACAGGCAAGGUACCCAACAUCCUAGUCUAUGUGGGCCCUGAUUCUGAGGAAGCUCUCAGCAGGUGCCAGCAGGUCCAGGCUGUUCUGGCUGACUGUGUGGACACUGAGCAGUACAUUGUCUAUCACUUGCUGGAGGAAAGUGCUCUCAGAGACCCGUGGCCAGACAACUGUGUGUUGCUGGUCAUUGCCACCAGGGAGUCUCUUCCUGAUGUCCUGUAUCAGAAGGUCAUGGCCUAUCUUUCUCAGGGAGGGAAGGUGCUGGGCCUGUCUUCAUCUUUCACGUUUGGUGGCUGCCAGUUGACAAGCAAGGGGGCACCACAGAAGAUAGUCCAGAACUUAGUUUUCUCCAGGGCUGACCAGAAAGAAGUGAAGCUCAGUGUCCUGAGCAGUGGCUGCAUCUAUGAGGAAAGCCCUGGGGAGCAGAUCAGUCCAGGCAAGCUCCAGGGCCACCUGGACAAUGAGGACAAGGACAGGAUGAUCGUGCAAGUGCCUUUUGGAACACAUGGAGGAGAAGCUGUUCUUUGUCAGGUGCACCUAGAACUACCUCCCAGCUCUUUGAUAGUACAAACUCAAGAAGAUUUUAAUUUGCUCAAAGCAAGCAAUUGUAAAAGAUAUGAAGUCCUUAAGGAGAUCCUGACAACCCUUGGCCUAAGCUGUGAAAUGAGACAAGUUCCUGCCUUAACACCUCUCUACUUACUAUCAGCUACUGAGGAAGCAUGGGAUCCUCUUAUGCAGUGGCUGGGAAAACAUGUGAAUCCUGAAGGAGUAAUAAAAUCCAGCAAGCUUUCCCUGAAGUUUGUUUCAUCCUACACAUCUGACAUGGAAAUAACCCCAUCUUCUGUUCCUGUUGUUACUGAUUCGAUGGGCUUCUCAUCAGAAAAUUUUAACUUAGAGAUCUAUCGGCAAAAUCUGCAGACAGAGCAACUUGGAAAAAUCAUUCUGUUUGCUGAAGUGGCACCCACCACAAUGAGCCUGCUGGAUGGGUUGAUGUUUAAGUUGCCACAGGAAAUGGGCUUAAUAGCCAUCGCAGUCCAGCAAACGCAAGGCCAAGGCCGGGGAAGGAACGCUUGGCUAAGCCCUACAGGAUGUGCUCUCUCUACUCUGCUUGUCUGCAUCCCACUGAAAUCCCAACUGGGACAACGAAUCCCUUUUGUGCAGCAUCUGAUGUCCCUGGCCAUCGUGGAAGCUGUGAGGUCCCUUCCUGGGUACCAGGAUAUCAACUUACGAGUGAAGUGGCCCAACGAUAUUUAUUACAGUGACCUCAUGAAGCUUGGUGGAGUUCUGGUUAACUCAACGCUCAUGGGAGAAACAUUUUAUAUACUUAUCGGUUGUGGAGUAAAUGUGACUAAUAGUAACCCUACCAUAUGCAUCAAUGAUCUCGUCACAGAAUAUAAUAAGCAACACAGGGCAGACCUGAAGCCCCUAAGAGCCGAUUUUCUCAUCGCUAGAGCCGUGACCAAACUGGAGAAACUGAUCAACACGUUUCAGGACAAAGGGCCGCAUGGCGUACUUCCCCUUUAUUAUAAAUAUUGGGUACACAGUGGUCAGCAAGUCCGUCUGGGAAGCCUGGAGGGCCCAGAGGUGUCCAUUGUCGGCCUAGAUGAUUCUGGGUUUCUUCAAGUCCAUCAGGAAGGCGGCGAGGUUGUAACUGUGCAUCCAGAUGGCAACUCCUUUGACAUGCUGAAAAACCUCAUCCUCCCCAAACAGCAUUAG